AUGAGUUCCGGAGACGAUCGAACGACCUUUUGCUGUUUGGUGCACAUUUCAUUUGUUGUUUCGUACGUCAUAUGGAUUUUCACCUUUUCUGUAGAUUUUGGAAAACUUGGAAAUUUAGAAAGGCAUUAAUAAUUGGUCUCUUUGUGGCGUGUACUACAGCAAAAAGGAUGGAUGGUUCUUCUCUAAGAAUUAUCUCAGACAGUAUUCGUGACUUUUCUUCACGGUUCACCAGGUAUUUAGGAGAAAGAGAACGCUUUAAUUAUGUUGCAUCGCCCCUGGGGCUUGGCAUGUCGCUUGCUAUGCUGGCUUAUGGUUCUGAAGGAAUGACAGCGGAAGAACUUUACAGAUGUCUUCACCUUCCAUCAGAUCCAACAAUUGGUCUCAAUGGAUAUCAAUGUCUUCUGAAUAUGUUAAAGGAAAAGGGAGAAAACGAACUGAUUAUCAGUCAAAAAAUCUUUAUCUACAAAGAUGUUUCAGUAAACGAAUCAUAUACUAGCAUGCUUGCUCAAUAUUUCCACUCAGAAAUUGGUCAUGUCAAUUUCAAGGAUUCAAAAAGUGCAGCUGAAGAUAUCAACUUAUACGUCUAUGGUCGCACUAAGCAGAAGAUUAAAAUUUUUAUCAGACCAGAGGAAGUCAAUCCAGAUACAAGUAUUAUCUCCAUGAACGUUAUGUACUUCUGUGGCAAAUUUAAAACAUCAUUUAAUCGAUCUUUGAUUGAUCAGCCCUUCUAUAUUGGUGAACAAAAUACGAAGAGAGUAAAAUGUAUGUCUGGAAUGAUGAAUCAAUUGUUCUAUGGCAGGAUUUCUGAACUCAAAGCCUCAUUUAUUGAAGUUCCAUAUGAGGGUCGUGAAUUGUCUCUAUUGUUGAUUCGUCCAGAUGAAAUCAACGGAGUAAGGGAUCUUCAGAAAAGACUCGAGAAAUUUACAAUUCCACGCUUGCUCAGUUUCGGAAGUCUACGUGAUGUUUCAGUUAGCAUUCCUUCCUUCAACGUUGAAAGUUUUCUAAAUCUCAAGGAUAUCAUGCAGAAGAUGGGUGUGUCCGACAUGUUUGAAGAUUCAGCAAGCUUCGCCCACUUCCUUGGCAGGGAAAGAAGAAUUAAACUCGACCUACUAAUUCAAAAAGUAAUCUUCAACCUGGACGAAAGAAGCACAAUGUCUAGUGGAAUAACCGCUUACUCGAUUCCUGAAAGUACUUUGGAUGAAGUGCACUCAACUCUUUACUCGUUUUAUCUCGACCGUCCAUUUUUAUUCAUAGUAUUACAGAAGGACACUAUGAUUCCCAUAUUCAGUGGUCGAAUUAUGGAUCCCGAACCACAUAAAACGAUGCACGCUUGAUUCAAAUUAACUUGCAGAUUCAUUUAUCAUCAUUAUUUCCACUGAGAAAUUGCAUCACCUUUUCGAAUCAUCAUAGAUACUAUUAUUGUUGUCAUAUUCUUUUUUUUAUUAAAAUAUUAAAUAUCUGUCUUACUUGAAAAAUGUAUAAAAUAAAAUAUCUUUUUAUCAUGAA